CGCAUCAUACUGGAAGGGUGGCACAUAUCAUGUCAUUUAAUAUAAUCCAUGCACUGAAAUGAAUUUCGACAUACUCCUGAAUUUAAGAUCGUAUUCCCUAACCGAUCUAUUCUCAAUAUUGAUAAUUAAUUUGUUGAGAAUUGCAUUGUUUAUUAGACGGACACGUUAGAAUAUGGAAACAUAUACGUAGUGUACAGAAGUCAACCACAGGAUAAACAUGCCGUAUCUAUAUCAAUGACACCUAAGAGGAGUGUUUCCAACCGCAAAAUAUAAAGACGGCUAGACUUGUAUGUGGUAUGCAAACUUUCGUGACUCAAAAAACGACUUUUGCAAGUUAGGUUAUUAAUAAUAUAUCUUGCUGGCAGAUAACACCCCUAUUAAAAUGAGUAAGAUGGCGUACUGCUAUCUUACUGAUUAUUGCUGCUGAAUAUAUUUAGGCAUAGCCUUGCAAUUGAAGGGAUCGCAAAAAGUGUUAAAUGUGUAGGUGUUGAGGAAGUAGUAAGCCCAUUUUGCUCCAUAAGCAAAUGGAGAAAAUAUAUAAUUUGCUUUUAAAAACUUCCUUUCCAUUUUAUCAUGCCAAUAAAAGUUGUGGUUUAAGGUCUGUGACGUUUGGGCGCUAUCCUGAACCAUCCCAUAAUAGUGGGACUUGGAGCAUGGAAACAUUAAACUAAUUAUACCAUUGGGCAGGAGAUUAGAGCUGCACUCAUCUGGAGCCAUGGAUUUCUGCAAAUGGGAUCAGGGUGAUUAGCGUGUCCACAGUGACGUGCUGGAACUUUCAGCUUGGUCAUGAGUCUUCGUCUAGAUUUCUUCUUUUGAAGCAAGGUUAUACUCAGCAAUAGGUGACCAGACACAUAUUCUGUGGAUUUUUGCUAAUUAAUGAAAAACAAACCUCAUAUUUGGUGACAGAAACGUCUGCCACUUACAGCAUGGAGAUCCAGAUUCUCAGAAUGGGAAUACAGUGGAGAAUGCAUACAAAUUUCUCUAGUGCAACAGUCUUCCAGGAUAGAUUACGCUUUUCAGGGUUUCGGUGCCAUUAAUUCUGAGUUUUAAUUCAAACAAAUCAAAAACAGUAGUUGUGAGACACUGAAACCCAGUUCUCUUGGGAGACUUUGGCUGAGGAACAGUAGUAGGAGGGAACCAAACUGCUAAAUUUUUAGUUGUCCUCUGGGUGCAGGACUCCAGGACUGAUAAUGGCACUGAUGAAGGUUAAGUUUGACUUGAAGAAGCGGGUGAAACUGGCCCAGGGAUUAUGGCUGAUGUAUUGGCUGACCGUGAUGGCCGGUAUCCUCAUCUUCAGUUUGGGGGUCUUCUUCAAGAUUGAGCUGCGUAAGCGGAGUGAGAUGAUGGACAACAAUGAGAGUCACUUUGUCCCCAACCUGCUGAUCCUGGCAGGGCUGAUGGCGUGUGGUAUCAACGCCUUUGGCGGGAAGAUCUGUCACGACUCACUGGACCCGACAAAGUUCCCCAAGUGGAAGCCCGUACUGAAGCUCUUUUUGGCCGGCUUUGUCCUCUUCAAUGUGCUGCUCUUCAUUACGGCGUUCCUGUGCUUCACUAUGCGCUUGGCCCUGCAGUCCACGCUGGCAGAGGGCCUGAAGAACAGCAUGAAGUUGUACAAGGACACGGACACUCCGGGUCGCUGCUACAUGAAGAAGAUGCUGGACCUGACCCAGAUGGAGUUCCGCUGCUGUGGAAAUAACAAUUACAGGGACUGGUUUGAGAUCCAGUGGAUCAGCAACCGAUACCUGGAUUUCAGCUCCAGUGAAGUGAGGGACCGUGUCAUGAGCAAUGUGGAGGGCAAGUACUUGAUGGACGGGGUGCCGUUCAGCUGCUGCAACCCCAGCUCGCCACGGCCCUGCAUCCAGCAGCAGCUCACCAACAACUCGGCCCACUACAGCUACGACCACCACACUGAGGAGCUCAACAUCUGGAUGCGCGGCUGCGGGGAGGCCCUGCUCUCCUACUACGGCAGCAUGAUGAACAGCAUUGGGGCCCUCGUCUUUCUGGUCAACAUCCUGGAGGUGGCAGUAAUGGUGGGCUUGCAAUACUUGAACACGGCCUUGGUGACACUGGCAAAUCCGGAGGACCCAGAGAGUGAGAGUGAGGGCUGGCUGCUGGAGAAGAGUUUUAAAGAGACCAUCGCAGAUUUCACACAGAAAGUUAAAUCACUGGGCAAGGGUGUGCAGGUGGAAGCUGGGGAGGGUGGGCAGGAGCAGGCAGUCGCCACAGUGAGCUGAGAUUGUUCCACCCACCCAUAUUUAAACCCCUCCCUACUCUUGGGAACAAGAUCAAAGUGGGAAAUAUUCUCUACAAACAACUAAUAAUACCUGUCCAACAGAAGGCUCCUUUUAACUUCAGGUAUUUUUCAGCAGCAUUAUUCUAAAUUCCAUGGGUAAAAUCGUUUAACACUUCAGAAUAAAAACAGGAUGGCUUUUGCCUUGCAGCAGAGGCAAAAAACCUUCCUUCACGCCAUCAUGGAUACCGUGUCCUUAGACACCUUCCGCAGAGCGGAUGCUGAACCUGUUCACCGCGGAUGGCAUGUCCGCGUCACAGGGCCUUUGAAGUUCAGCCCAAGACCGCGACACUUAGCCACUGGGGUACAGAGACACAAGCAGAGUUUUAGUCACAAUGCAUUAAUAUAAAGCUGCUUUAAAUAAUCACAGGGUACAGAGUCUGCUGUGGGGACUGGGAGGAACAAUGGGGGCUCUCUCAAGGAAGCGGUCCUACUUGGGGGCCUGAUGGUCACUCCCAGUCCCCCCAGCUGGAAGCGAGAAGACUUGAGUGUUGGAAUGAGGCAGCCAUCUUAACCAAAACAACCACACAGACAUACACCUAAAAGUUGUAUCUUCCUGUGUAAUACUCACUUAAAUCCUGACCUUGGUCAGUAGUGUCCUUGUGUUUGUGGGUUAUGUGGCGCUGGUAGGUUCAGCCCCAAUGUGUAAGAUAAACAUUACGAAGACAUUCAAAGGGUCUGUCUUUCUUCACUGGAGGAAAAGUCCACUAAACAUAGAAGAGGAGUCAAUUCCUCUGCAUCUCAUUAGGUUAGGGUGCCGUGCCUGUGCUCAGGGUGUUCAAAUCCCAGGGUCUCACCGUUCGCAGUCUCAGUCUCACCAUUGGGCCCUUGAGUCCCAGUUACUGCAGGGACCGGCUGAACCUGCUUUCUUAAACAUAAAGUGUGUUGCUUUGGAUGAGCACCUGCUAAAUAAAUCACAAUGUUAUGCA